AUGAAACAAUUAAAGCAACUUAGUAUUAAUGAUACUGAUAUCAAUGAGGUUAACUUAACUAAAUUACCUAAUAGUUUGUGGAGAAUCGGUUGUUUGACUGAAUUAAGACCAACCUGUAAGUUAAUUGAAAUUGUUCCUUUGUUGAAAAAUCGUGAAAAGUAUGAAAUAACUGGUCAACAACUAAUCGAGAAGUUUAUUGAAAAACAACAAGCAAAAGCAAUUGAUAAAGAUAGAGAAGUUGUUUUAAAAAGUUUAACUAAUUCUCAAAAUAUUACUCUGGAAUUUUUAAUGGAAAUUGCUAAUAAUAAGUUGGUUGAUGAUAGUGCGGAAAUUGUAAAAUGCCACGGCAUUUCCCAAGACCCUAGGUCUGAGAAUUAUCUAAUGGUUAUGGACUAUAUGAAAGAUGGCAAUCUCAGGGACUUUUUAAAGAAUAGAUAUAGUGAACUAAGUUUCGAGGAUAAACUUGAGAAAUUACAUUCUAUUGCUUUUGGCAAACUAAUUAACACUAAACAAAUUACUCAAUUAUUACAAACCAGUAAAUUAAAAAGUGGCUAUGGUGAUUCUCAACAAAUAGAUUUAGAUAUUAAUGACUUUAAUUUAGAUGAGUUAAAUCUUCAAGAGGAUCUACAAGAACAAAGUUCUACCCAAGCUCAAAUCCAAAUCCCCCCUAAAUAA